AUUCUGACUUUUACUGUGUAUGACUAUCCGAGCCGACAUAAUUAUGUUUGCAGUUUGCAUCGCAUAUUAGCGCCAAUGACGCCGCUAGCUGGCUAGCGUCGAGCGGUGGCCAAGGCAACGUAAGGGAUGAAGGUUAGAAGUUUCAAUUCAAAUUUUAAAAGCAAACACAAAAAUCAUAUUGUACAAUAAACAGUGCGGGAUGGUGCGGAUGUUUGUUGGACGCAAUCCGGAUUCGAUUGGCUGAUUGGUGGUGGAUAAAGAAAGGACAACGGAAUUAUUAUGACGGAAUUAGUGGACAAAUUUUAAUUAUAUAAAUGAAAAAGUUCGUGUUCGUGUACAAAUAUAUCUUCUUAGCUUUUUAGAAAAUUGUGAAUUAAGACUAGUUUGGAAAUUACUUUAUAAUUAUGUUGUGAAUGAACUAUCUUAUUUCUAUACUCGAGAGGAAUUUACAAGUUUGAGGUUAAGUUAACCUUACUUUAAUUCGCUUAUUGGCUGAUAUAGUCCGUUUUUUCCCAUGUUGUAGUGACUUUAUAUUGCUGUUGGUGAAAUACAUGUUAUAUAAGUCUAAUAAUGCCAUAAUAUUUUAAUAUGAGUAAAAAGAAUAAUGUAGAAAUGACUGUGAGACAAGAGGGCAUGAAAAAGUGUAAAAGUGUUUCCAAUUUGAAAACAAGUGUAAGUAGGUUGAGAACUUAUUCUGACAGCAACAGUGACUCUGAUAAUCCUUUUGAAGACAUAAGAACAUGCAGAAACAUAACUUUUAGUCGAUCAAGAUCGUACUUGGAUGAAGAAUUUCAGUUGAUGCCAGUAACUCCUCGGCUAACUGACAAAGAAAAUGUACAAUUACAAGUAGAUUUACCUAAUUCCAAAUCUAUCCGAUCAAAAGAUAAAAAAAUAACAAGUAGAGUAGGGUUGUCUUUUAAAAAUAAAUCUUCAGAGAAUGUGUUGAAUAAAUCAAGAUCAUGCGUUUUUAAUAUCUCAUCCGAGACACCACACAAUCAGGGAUACUCACCCUAUGCUACUGAAAACUCAGAUAUAUUUCAUUUCUCUAAGAAUGGAGCCAGUAAAAGUCUAAACACAAUAUCUAAGACACCUUCUAAAAAUUCCUUAUUGGGAGAUUUUAAUUCAAUUAAUUUGAAUUCCUCAGUUAGUUGUAACACCCCGUUUGAUUCGAAAAGAUGUCAAAACACAUCAACUCCUCUCACAAUUAGAAAUAGUACACCUCAGACUUCAUCUUUCAAAAGAUAUUCAUUAAUGAAGGCAGCUGUAGAAGCUAAGAAAGAUUAUGAAGAUAUGUUAAAAGCUGCCUCUUUAAAGAAAAGUGUUAAGAAAAACAAACACAAAGAUUUAAUGCUCAACGAUUCUCCAAUUAUGAGUGUGGAGGACACUACUGGAAAGACGGAUGAGUCAGUCCAUAAUGAUGAUAAUUGUACUAAAUCCACUAAUCAGCUUUCGGAAUAUAAUAAAUCACCAGUUAUUAAAAAUUGUACUUUUGAUACAACUCCAAUAACUAAAUUUUCAAAAAGCAACAGGUGUUGCCAGUCUAUAUUGAAAACACCAAGUUUCAUCAAAUGUGUAAUCAAAUCAAAUGAUGAUGUAGAUAAGACUCCUGUGUGCAACAGAGAAAACUGCACACCAUUCACAGGUGUUAAACAGUUACAUAAAAGUGCAUUUAAAGCAAUUUCAAAUAAUAACAGUGUAGUAAAUAAUACAAAAGGUGUGGAAGAAGAUGAUGAUGACUUGCCAUGUACGCAACCAGUAUCUUCCAUUAUUCUAAAAGGAAUAGUUGCGUAUGUAGAAGUACGAUCUGGUAAGGAAUGCCGUUCUUCAGGGACCAAAGCUGAACUACAAUCGCUUGGAGCUAAAAUUGAAAAUAAUUUUACGAGAAAGGUUACUCAUUGUUUUUUUCCAUGGAGGAAAAAUGUCUACUUAUAGAAGAGCUGUUGAAUGGAAGAUUCCACUUGUAUCAACAUUGUGGAUUGAGGCGUGUAAACAAGAACUACGGAUGGUACCACUUGAGGGUUACGAACCCUAUGGUUUAGACAAGUACAAGGAGGCCCUGCCCUUGUAUAAGCUGAAGACUAAAGUGACAAAGCCAACGAUUAAGCGGGCUGUAACUGACAGCAAAAUACUUUCCAAGCCAUGGAAACAAAACAACAGUGAAACAGACAAGGCUGAAACAAACAACCAGCAACUACGUGCUUCUAAUGAGGCUGAUGGUCUCAUAGAUGCUCUUCACUCAGUUGCGGGAGAUUUCAGGAAAGCGGCAGACCAAUUCGAGAAAAUUUUGACUAGCCCGAUCCUCCAGAAGGGAAAUACAAAAUUAACUACCAGUAAUCAAAAAUCUUCAGAAAAGGAAAAUGAUAGUGAAAAUAUAGCAGGUAGAAAGAAACGUAAUAAAAAGUUGGUCUUUCCUGAACCUACUAAAGAAAAAUGUAAUAAUGAAUCUCAGCAGUCUAAGAAUGGAUCUUGUGAUUUCAGUUUAGUACUUAAUUGUACAGAUGAUACAGAACAAGAAAUCAGAGUCAGCUAUGACUCAGAUGACUUGUUGACUUACGCAAAAAAGGAAGCUGGUAACCCUAGAUGCAGUGCGCCCGCUCGGCUGCUUACAAGUAGGAAGUGUAAGAAAUUGCUAUCGUCGUGUCAUAAAUUAAUGAAACCGCCAGAACAGAAAGAUGGGGAGUCGUCCAACAACAAUUUACCAAAACCUGUUCAAAAUGUUUUGGUACCUGUUAGAUCUCCUAACACUAAGAAAAACAUUCGCCGAUCAACAAGAAAUAAAAAUACAGAUUCUUCCAAUACGAUUGAAAUACAUAAUAAUAAUUUGGAAACUCAACCGAAACCAAAGAAGAGGAAACUUCUAGUGCCGUCGCAGGUUAUAACCACGUUUGAACAAGAUUCUGGAGAGUCCACCCCAGAUUUUACUCCUCUAUGUCCCUAUAAAGAGUCUCCGUGUAAAAAACAAAGAACAGCUACAAUCACAAAAAGUAAAACUGUGAAAGCAAUUCCAGUACGGCCUGUUGUAUCGUCGAGUGAUGCUGAAAGUGAGGACAGUCUGACACGAGCUGCACGAAGGGAAUCUUCUGCUCUGUUCGUCAAAAAAGAGAAGAAAGUUAUUUCACAGCGCAACAUUCCCACUAUUGUAUGCACCAGUUUACAUCGAAGUGAUGUGGAAGUGGUAACGUCGAUAGUGUCAAGGCUCGGAAAGUUCUCUGUGGAAGGGAAUGUGUCAGAGCAUACAACACAUGUUGUGACCAGCGGGCCACGCCGUACCAUCAACCUGCUCAAAGGCAUCGCUCGUGGCUGCUGGGUGCUUGAUGUCCAGUGGGUUUAUGAAUCAUUAGAAGCAGGCAAGUGGCUGCAUGAAGAAAGAUUUGAACUCAUUCAAUUUGGACCGUCGGUUAAACAAGCCAGAGUGGAGCGUCAGGCGUUUGGGCCGGAGUUCAACCUGGAGCUGUUCCGGGGUGUGGGUCCACUGUACGUGUGCCGAGCCACCAUUCCCCCUGCUGCCGAUCUCAUGGAGUUGCUCCGUCUGUGUGGGGGUACCGUUGUCAGCUCUGCCCGCACCGCACGUAUCGUCAUCGGCUCAUCCUCGCCUCUGUCCCCUAACGGCCGCCGGCCACCA